AUGUCUGAAGGCAAGGAAUUCACCUACUCGGACGUCUCUGAGCACGCCACCAAGAAGGACCUCUACAUUGUUGUCCACGACAAGGUCUACGACUGCACAAGCUUCGUCGACGAGCACCCCGGUGGUGAGGAAGUCCUCCUCGACGUCGGUGGCCAGGACUCGACUGAGGCUUUUGAGGAUGUCGGCCACUCAGACGAGGCGCGCGAGAUCCUUGACGGUCUGCUCGUUGGUACCUUGAAGCGCCAGGAGGGCGACCCCAAGCCCAAGAGCUACGCGCAAUCCGGCUCGACCGCCGCGGCGACCGACGGCGCCUCAACCGGUAUUGGCCUCUACGCUAUCAUCCUUAUUGGUGGCGCGCUCGCAUUUGGUGCCUACAAGUACCUCCAGAGCCAGAGUGAGCAGCAGUAA